GGGUGGGUUCGGGUUAUGCUCACCCCUAACUACGAUGUGAAAAAGAAGCUAAUUCCUUUUUUUUUGGUAUAAACGCGAUUAGCAAAGUCUGAGUAGUGCCCAUCAAAUCACUGCUUCAUACUGGUAUCAUCUAGGUCGGUUGCGGUUGUAUUCCCGAACAACUGUAUUCACCAUCAACUGGAAGAAAACUCAGUUGCACUCGAUCAGGGCUGUGCUAAUCCGAGAAGAAAAGGGAAUGUCGACAUUUAUAGGCCGAAAAUUUGCUUCCGGAUACAUUCAUGCUUCGAGUUUGAGUCAGUCCUUGAUGAGAUGUAGUCUGUUUGCAUCUAGAGCUUAUUCUUCUAAAGCAAAAGAGAUGACUGUGCGUGAUGCUUUAAAUUCAGCCAUUGAUGAAGAAAUGGCUGCAGAUCCUAAGGUUUUUCUAAUGGGUGAAGAGGUCGGGGAGUACCAGGGUGCAUACAAGAUCUCUAAAGGGCUUUUGGACAAAUAUGGCCCCGAAAGGGUUCUGGAUACGCCUAUUACUGAGGCGGGAUUUGCAGGUAUUGGUGUAGGUGCAGCUUACUAUGGUCUGAAGCCUAUUGUAGAAUUCAUGACAUUUAACUUUUCAAUGCAGGCAAUUGAUCAUAUAAUCAAUUCUGCUGCAAAGUCGAACUACAUGUCAUCUGGACAGAUAUCUGUACCUAUUGUUUUCAGAGGACCAAAUGGAGCUGCAGCUGGUGUUGGGGCCCAACAUUCCCAGUGCUAUGCAGCAUGGUUUGCUGCAUGCCCAGGACUGAAGGUACUAUCUCCAUAUUCUUCUGAAGAUGCUCGAGGACUUCUCAAAGCUGCUAUUAGGGACCCAGAUCCUGUAAUUUUUCUUGAAAAUGAAUUGCUAUAUGGCGAGUCCUUUCCUGUUUCAGCUGAAGUUCUAGAUUCUAGUUUUUGUCUUCCAAUUGGAAGAGCAAAAAUUGAGCGUGAAGGAAAAGAUGUUACAAUCACUACUUUCUCUAAAAUGGUUGGCUAUGCUCUCAAGGCUGCUGAUGUUCUUGCGAAGGAAUCAAUCAGUGCUGAGGUUAUCAAUUUGCGCUCAAUCAGACCACUUGAUAGAUCUACCAUCAAUGCGUCUGUUCGGAAAACCAGCAGACUAGUGACAGUUGAGGAAGGGUUUCCUCAACAUGGUGUAGGCGCUGAGAUCUGUGCAUCUGUAGUUGAGGAAAGCUUUGAAUACCUUGAUGCACCAAUUGAAAGGAUAGCCGGGGCAGAUGUUCCUAUGCCUUAUGCAGCAAAUCUUGAAAGAUUGGCUCUCCCACAGGUAGAAGACAUUGUACGUGCGGCAAAAAGGGCAUGCUACAGAUCAGUUCCAAUGGCGGCUGCCACGGCCUAGGAUUAGUUACAAGUUUACAAAGAACAGAGUUAUAAAAUCCCCUUCCCUUAUUUUAUUAUUACGGAGUAUAAUACUUGUGGAUAAGUUGGGUACCUUGUUUAAUACUGAACUAUCAAAAAUAAAAUUUUGUCAACAAUAGGUUUCUUCUUGGUAAAAAACAUUGUUAUACUUGUGGAUAUUUGAGUUCUUUAUAACUCAGGGUAUCAAUUUUUUUGUCAAUACCUUUUGUUUGGUUUUGAAUUGCGAGAGAAGAUACAAUAAAAAGUACCCCGUAUUACUUU